AUGAUCGGCUUUCUCUUCAUUUAUUUUUCUUUCUUUCUUUUCUAUUUUCUUUUUCUUUCUUUUUCUUUCUUCAUUUUCAUUGUCUCUUUACCCAGCACAUAUUUUCUCUUCUUUCUUUUUUUAAAUUUCUGUCUAUUCGUUGAAUGUGCAUUCCCAAGUGGUCACCAGCAGCUUCCUUCUCGACACUCCUGUCUUCAAACGAACAAAUUUGAAUUACUCUUUAGCCCUUCGGUCAAAACCUUGUCAGGCGCGACAGCAUUUUCUUUAUUGAAACGGACUGGUGUCACAUCUGACAUCAGGCGAAGAUGCAAAAAGCAACAGAUUCUUUUAAUCAAAAGAUUCCAACUUUUUUUUUUUGUUGUUUUUAAUUUUACUUUCGCAUUCACCAUUAAUAUUCAUUCUUCCUUCCGCAACGUCUAUUUUUUUCAGGGCUUCUUUUCUUUCUUUCUUUCUUUCUUUCUUUCUUUCUUUCUUUCUUUCUGUCACAUUUUUGCCUCCCAAUUUGUUAACCUUUCCUUCUUUUCUUUCUUUUGUUUUUUUUUUGUUUCUUUCUUUCUUUCUUUCUUUCUUUCUUUCUUUCUUUCUUUCUUUGACUCAUUCGCUUUACAUACAAUUUCAUUUUUCCUUCUUUUCUUUCUUUUGGUUUUUUUUUGUUUCUUUCUUUCUUUCUUUCUUUCUUUCUUUCUUUCUUUGACUCAUUCGCUUUACAUACAAUUUCAUUUUUCCUUCUUUUCUUUCUUUUGGUUUUUUUUUGUUUCUUUCUUUCUUUCUUUCUUUCUUUCUUUCUUUGACUCAUUCGCUUUACAUACAAUUUCAUUUUUCCUUCUUUUCUUUCUUUUGGUUUUUUUUUUUCUUUCUUUCUUUCUUUCUUUCUUUCUUUCUUUUUCUUUCUUUCUUUUCUUUGACUCAUUCCUUUACAUACAAUUUCAUUUUUCCUUCUUUUCUUUCUUUUGUUUUUUUUUGUUUCUUUCUUUCUUUCUUUCUUUCUUUCUUUCUUUCUUUGAUUCAUUCGCUUUACAUACAAUUUCAUUUUUCCUUCUUUUCUUUCUUCCUUGCUUCAUUUCUUUUCCUAUUGUAUUGCAUUACUCGCUUUCUCUCUCCCCUGUCUCUCUCCUUAUAUCUAUAAAAAAACAAGUUUCCUUACCUUCUUUCUUUCUCUUUCUUUCUUUCUACUUCCAAAAUUUCGUAAAACGUGAGCAUGAAAAGGCAUUCCUAAGCAUUCAACCCGCACUGUUCUUUGAAGUAUGUCUCUUGUGGUUCAGUACAAAUGACAUAUUAUAA